AUGGCCACAACCGCAAUGAUUCAACCAAACCCGCCCAAGCGUUCCGACUCCGAUGUCUCCCCCAGAACAGUGAACCCUCCAAGGAACUCAGCCUCAGAAGACGCAAAGAUCGAUUACUUCCCAGAUUCCAACACAGUCGAUGGAUCCAAUACUAGUGUCCGGGCCAGCGACGGUGACGAUUCAUCUGCUCGGAAGUCAAGCAUCUCCUUCGCACCAGAUCCUCGACGUAGCUCAAGCUGUGAAAGCAACCAAAAUUCAGCACCAGGCCAGGACUCGACAAUUCAAAGGAAAUCAUCCACCGGCUCUGUCUCUUUUCGUAGAAUGACAAACCCUCAACUUCCCCAAGGAAAUCCUCAACAGAUGAACAACAGUCGCAUCCGUGCGAGCUCACCUAACCACUCAAGAAUCGUUAUUUCACCAACGGAUUUCAUUCUGCGUACUGCACACGAACAUCGGCGAAACUGGGUUCAAAUUGGUCCGGCUGGAAACCUAUGUGACGCCAUGCCAAGCAACAUGUCGCGUGGACUGUGUAUUACCAUCGAAAUCAAUAAUUCGGUCCACAUGGGUCAACCAUUUCCAUCCAGGUCGGAUACGAGCAUUGCGGUAGCGGCAUCGACUGUUUGA